CAAUGACGCAACACCAGUCAUUCGUAUAGUAGUAUAUAGCCCCCUCACGCGCUCCGCCAACCCUUCUCAUCUACCACAUCCAAACCCCAGCAACACUUCAAUCACGAAUCAAAUCCUCAAACGCUACACACUACAAAUCCAAUCAUCGAGAUGCCCGUCCCAAUGCCAUCCACGACCUCGCAGUCCACCCCAGCGACCCAAUCUUCAGCUGCUGCGCAGGCGACGAACGACAUUCAGAACGCCGCUACACGAGCUCUAGCGAACGCGAACAACGGCGAGAAAACCGAGCAGGAGAAGGAAGCCGAGAAGAGGUACGAGGAGGCGAUGGAGGAGGAGUACGCCAAGAGGGAGGGCGGAGCUUAGGCUUCAACCCGCGGACAUACUGGUCAUAAGAGGAGGGAAGAAGAUGUCACAGGCUCAGAACGAUACCCAGAACAUAACGAAAGUCACAUCCGAAUAAUGAACAAACAUCACACA